UAGUCCCAACGCGAGCCAGGCGACAAUUCCUUCACGAGUGAAGCCUACCUCGCGCCACGUGCAAAGCCAUUCUACAGCUACCCGCGCUCGGGUUAUCUAGGUAGAGAGGCUUAGUCAAAGUACGAAGUGAAAUACGCAUCACCAACGCGCCCGCCACCCGCGACGCACGUUGGCAAAAUGCACUCUGGGAUGUGACAACACAUCGCAUCCUCGUCCAUGAUCAUCAAAGGAUCUGAGACUCUUGAUCACAAGCCCAAUCCUAUGCACGGCGCGUCAAUGUUAUCCUCGCAUGAUCUGAAUUGUAUACUCUCUCGUUUCGUGGAGCCGAGGCUUCCAGCAACGAGGGACAAUACCUCUGGCGAGCUCCAGACGGCAGACUGUAAGAGAGCACUACCUUUCUCUCAACGUGGACUUCUGCUUUCUACGCAUGAUGCAGCGGGACGUAGACAUUGUGACAAAUCCUUCAAGGUUCCGCGUGACGGAUCCCACAUCUGGUCUUCAAUCCAAAAAAAAGUUUCUCCAAAGAAAUCAAGAUACGAGAAAAUCUCCGUAAAAUGCGGUGUGCCCUCCUCCACCUGUAGGAACAGAGGAGAAUGUCCUUGCCAAAUGUGCAGCAGUGAUAGAGAGAAUCGAAUGGAUUCCUCGUCUUCGCGGGUCGUCCUCCCCUGUUGCAACGAUCAUCUGCGGUCGUUGGUUUACACGAACAGAAAGGUACGUGCACAUGCGCGUGAUAUCUCGGGCGGGAGUAUGCCGAUGGAAAUUGAUCCCGAUCGGACAUCCUCUCCGACGACGGGGCUCCGAGAGUCAACUCUGUAAAUUCGAUUGCGUCGACGCGUCAUUCAGUUUCAACCUUUGUGCGAUUGGAGUGGGUGUGGCUAUGUAUGUUCGACAGACGCGCUUUGGAAAGCGAGUUGGCUCGAGUUCACCGCAGAUGUCAACCAGGACGGUCUGUGAAGCGGGAGACGAGG